AUGCGCAAACAGCUGAAGAAGCAUCCCGGGCUCAUCCCUCAGUUGGUCUUCUUGUCUCUGGGCGUCACGGGGGCCGUGCUCUACCUGCUCCGCUUGUCCAGAGGCCCCCAUGUCACCCUUUGGGACAAAAAGAACAACCCUGAGCCGUGGAACAAGCUUGAUCCCACCUACCAGUACAAGUUUGCGGCUGUCAACACGGACUACAAGAGCCUGAAGAAGCAGGGCCCUGACUUCUGA